UAAUUGGUUUGUUAUUUCUAUUUUGUUUUAGCAAUGAGUACCACGGAUCCUACUGGAGAGGGUGGAGGGGGAGGGGUGACGAGUACAAUAUCACCAACAAACGUUGAACAAAAUAUAUCUCCGGUUAUACCGGUGACCGGUAGUGCGGUGCAACCAGGCUCUCAACAACAGCAUCCACCACCGUCACCACUAAGCGGUUGUUACCUUCUCGUUGUGCUUCCAGAGCCUCAUACUGCGCAGCAUAAAGAUCUCAUCUUAAACCGCCUAGCGAAAGGUUUCCUGUCGUGGGAUAAGGAUAGCUGUCACGUAGAUUUAGAAAAAGAAUUACUGGCGUUGGUGGCACAAGCUCCCGAGGGAGAAGAAGCUAGAAAUGGCGAACGACUGAUUCAAUACGCUACAGAAAACCUCGUUACCGAAGUUUUGAUCCACCCACAAACGAAUACAUUGUUACAAUGUAUUCGUAAUCUUCUUGCGAGUUUCACGAAACACCGGCAUAUCAUACACGCUGGAUAUACCUUCGGUGGGAAUGGUUCCUGGAUACUGCAAGAUGGAACCUUCAGCCUCGCCGAUUUUCUGGACGCCUUCAGCGAACACGAAGUGCAAAGAGUUCUUCGAGCGUAUGAGAACAGCGUCACUGUAGACAUUCAUUGCGCGAGCGUUGGGGAUUGGACGACAAACAGAUUGUCGAAGGAGGCCUGCACCAGAGCGUGCAGAGUCCGUGUGAAUCCCGACGACGUUCUUACCGCUGGAUUACCAGCGAUCACCAGUUUUACCAAUUACGUUGGACAAUAUCUCGUCGCCCAAACGUUGGACCAAUUGAUGGAACCGUCCGAUGUCGUGGGCAACAUAAGAUUCAGUCAUCCAACUUUGUACGUCUUCCCCGGUGGCCAAGGUGAUGCCGCCCUCUUUGGCAUAAACGGUUUUAACAUGUUGGUCGACGGCGGUUUCGCAAGGAAGGCCUGUUUUUGGGACUUUACCAGGCACCUGGACCGCCUCGACGCUGUAUUAGUUACUAGAAUAAAUAACAGCAACGUCGGGGGCAUGUCGAGCGUUCUUCGUAAAAAGAAGGAGAUGCACGUUUAUCCUCAAAUCGGACACUUUUUCUGCAAUCUAGUCGAGAGAAGACAAUCCAAUUCACCGGACGGGAACAAAGAUAUCGAUCCCCUGAUCUUGAAUCUCACCGACAUCGGCCAAGAGAUGGUUGUUAAUCUACGCCACAUUAAUCUGCGGGCGCAUCCGUGCUACAGGGAUCCGGACCCGAUCAAUCUUUAUCACAAGGUGGGCCACGGCACCCUGGACAUGUACGUGCUGAGCCCGAGCAAGGACAGCCGCGAAGUCAGGGAGUUCCUGGCCAAGUGGCACACCUCGGACUCGAAAUUGUUCUCGGGCGCCCACAGAAAGGACUCGAACAAUUUAACCUUCCCUAUUCAGAAUCUGGUCUCGAUAUGCGCGAUGCUGGUCUGGCAACCUGCCAAUCCCGAGGACACCAUCACGAGAAUCCUGUUCCCCGGGAGCACGCCGCAGCUCAAGAUCUUCGAAGGGUUCGAACGACUGAAGCAUCUCGAGUUUCUCAAGCAUCCUGUCUGCUCGGCCAAAAGCCUCUCCCCGUCCGCCUCGUUGGCCACCCUGCGCGACAAGCCUGCCAAGCAAAAGUUCAGCCUCAUAAGCGACAAGGAGCCGGCUAAAAAGAUAGGGGACGCGAAGAAGGAGAAGAAGGAGUCGCCAGAGAUGAAAGUGAUAAAAGGCGGCGAGGAUUUGCCUGCCCGGGUAGUAGCCCAGGGCACGCCUAUCAUACCCACGAAACCGCAGCAACCGAUCAAAGCCGAGGCGAAGACUAAGAAAGCGUUGGAGAACAAGAAGAUAGAGGUGGAGAUAAAGGACGUGAAGGAGAGGAGGGCGGAGAAGGACGCGAGGAAGGAGAUCAUAAAAAAGGAAAUUGGGAAGAUGGAGAAGGAGGAGAGACGCGAGGAGGAGGUUCAGAAGAAGGGCACCGAGGGCACGAAGCAGGAAACGGAGAAGAUAAUCGCGAAGCCCUCGAAGAAGAAGGAGGCGAAGAGCGCGAAGCCCUCGAAGAUGGUGGACGCGGUGCCGAAGUCGAAGACGGUCGAGUCGAAGAGGGCGAAGCAAUCCCCCGUGGAGAAGAGGGAGACGGGUCAAAUGAUCAAGUCGUCGCCGACCACGCCCAAGAAGACCAUGAACGGGGUUGCGAGCAAGACGGAAAUAUCGAAGGCGGUGAAAAAGAUGCCGCCUGUUCACAAGAUCGAGGUCGCGCCGCCGGCGAAGAGCACGAAGGACGCGAACAACAGGAAGGUGGUGGAGCAGAAGAAAUCGGCGAUAAAGGAAACGACGGUGAAGGUAAUGGCGAAGCCGAAGCCGAUGGACAGGAAGCCGAUCGGGCGGAGGAAGCCUGUCAGCCCGAGCAAGGUGCGGGUGUCCGGCAGCCCGGCUAAAUCGACUCGAAGCACGCCAACCACCUCCGUGAAAUCCGACAAGGAUGGCGUGGUUGCCCGGAAAGGGAAGGGGGAGAAGGGGACCGCCGACUCGUCCACGGUGUCCACGCCGUCCGGGAUCGAGGCCGAGGCGGGCGUCAGGCUGGUGGAGAAGAGCCUGAUGGAACAGUCGGAGGACAUCUCGUUGGACUCGAUCGAGAGCAAGGUGCUGGCCGAUCUGAAGGAGGAGCGGGAAGUGGUGGAGGAGAUCGAGGCCGUGCUCCAGAAGGCGGAGCGUAUCGAGGAGACGAGGAAGGACGACCGUUCCGAGGGGGAUGACGAGAUCACCGCCGAGCUUACCGACAAGAAGGAGGAGGAUAUCACGGACGACGACAUCAUCGAGCCCGACAUGGAGGAGGCGUUGAAGAGGGAGAUGAUCGACGAAUACUUGAUCGUCGAGAAGGAGGAGGAUUACAUCGAGGACUCCACCCAGAGCGGAGGUGAACAGAAGCAUAUCUUGGACGAGGCUGAGUCGGAGAAGGCGAAGAUGCUGAAGGAUAUGGAGCAGGUGAAGGAGAAAGGGGAGGAGGAGGAGGUCGAGGAAAAGGAGAGGGACGAGAGCGUGGUGGAGAAGGGACGGGAGGAAAGGGCGAUGGAAACGGCGUUGAAGAUCGAGGAAGAGGGCGCGGAGGAGCCCAUCGAUCUGUCGCCGGAUCGGAGAGAGCGAUUGGAGGAGGAGGAGGAGGAGGAGGAGGAGGAGGUGAAAGAUAUAAUCGCGGCGGAAACGAUACAGCAGAAGCCCGAGGAAAAGGAUGAUUCUGGGAAAAAGGACAGCGAGGACGUUACGAAGGAACCGUCGAGCUUGAGCCCGGACAAAUUAGACUCGUCCGAGAAGAAAACGACCGACACCGACUUGAAGCCUGAAGCCGACCAAAAGGAGCAGAUCCCCGAGAAAUUGGAAGAGUCGCAGGAGCGAAUAUCGACCUUGGAAUCUGGCGCCACGACGACAGCGCCAACCCUUCCGGAAGACGAGCGUAUACCGCUCGAUGAAAUAAAGGAGGACAUCGACGAGAAACACAUUAUCGAGGAGGUGAAAGAGAAAGACGUGAUACCGAAGAUUAAGGAAGAGGAGGUGGCUGCUGCUGCUACUGCUGCUGCUACGCGAAUUGUACCCCUUACGGUGACAACCAAACCAGACGUUCACGUGUUCGACAUCCGACAAGCUGUGCAACGAGAUAUCGUGAAAACGCCGGACGAGGUUGCCGAUCUGCCUGUCCACGAGGAGGUGGAUCCCAAAUUGUACAGGAUAGAGGACUUUGAAAAGGACAAGGAGGAAAAGCUGACGUUGCCGCAACAACAAGAACAGAAGCCGGAACAGAAACCGGAACAGGAACCGCCCACCCCGCCGGUCAAGGAGCAAAAAGGUGUUUUCAGUUUCUUCGGCAAGGUUGCCGAUAAAUUUGAGAAGGGCAUCGAUAAGUUGACUAAAAAAUCGAAGAAGGAGCAAGAGAAAGAUGUCGACGAAAAAUCCUCGUCCAAGUCCAGCUCCCCUAAGGAAGCUAAGGUAGAGAAAACUGUCCUCGAGGAGGUCGAUAUGGAGAAAAUGUUCCCCAAAGUAGGCAAACCCAGUGAAAAAGCGCAAGAAGUUGAAGCGGAGCGGAAAGAAGUUGUCGAGGAAACUGUCGCGAAGGUCGUCGAGGAUGUUUCCAUACCGGAAGAAGCGAAGCCCGAGGAGAAACCGAGUGAAAUUGAGGUCGCAGAGAAGGAGGAGGAAGAAGUGCCAAUCGUUGUGCCUAAACCUGUCGAUGAAAAAAUUGUGAUAAAGGAAGACGUGAAAGUGAGCGAAGUUGAGCCGAAAGAAGUCACGUUGGACGAGAAGAAAGAGGAGGUAACAGAGAUCGAUGUCAAGAUUAGGAAGGAAGAGGAGGUUGGAGAAGAAGUGGAGGAAGACGCGGAGGAAAUAAAAGCCUUGCUGGAAGAAGCUUCGAAGAAAUUCAAGACGGUGAAGGAUAGUUUGAGGGACUCGUUGGAGUCGUUGGAGGAAAAGAUCGAAGAAGAAACUGUCGACCUGACACGAGAAGCACCAGCAGUGAAGGAUGUCGUUAAAGACACGUUGGAGGGUGUAGUGGAGAAAUUAGAAGCGAUAAAACCGCAGAUCGAAAGCAUAUCGCCCGAGACCAAAGAACCAGAGAAAGUAAAAUUCGAAAUACCAAAAGAAGAAGAUUGGGAACCAGUGCCUACCAAAGACGUUAAGGAGGCCGUUCGAGAUGUUGGCGAGGUCCUCGCUGGAACAGCUGGCAUAGAUAUCGAGGAGAAACCGAAAGAUGUCAUUGAAAUCGUGCGUAAAGUUGCUCAAGUUCUGAAAGAAGACGAUUUAUUUUCGGACAAAGCGUUAUUCGAGGAACCGAUCAAGAAAGAAGAAGCUGCUGUAUCACCCACUGCUGCUAAAACUAAAUCGCCAGUUUCUGAAGGAGAAGGCGUCGAAUCGCCUGAAAAAUUAACCACGAUCGAAGAUAAAGUUGCCGUAAUUCCGACGAAGGUUGGCAUCACGGAAGAAAUUUCUCCUUAUCAGGAGGAAGCCGAAGAGCUCGUCGAAGUGCACGAGGAGCCUUGCGUGAAAAUGGUGAAGAAAAUCGAGGAUAUUACGUCUCCAGAUAUAAAAUCGGAGGAUAAACGUGACGUUAAAGAGAUUUGCGAAGAGAUGUUGAGAGAGGAUAGAAAAGCAAUAAAGGAGCCGGUUGUUCCCGAUAAGGAAGUUGUUUCUCCGAAAAUGGAUGUAAUGGAAGCUGGAUUAGAGGACGUAUGCGUGAAGGAAACCGCGAGAAAAUCGAUCGAUGAGGCACAAAUUCGAACAGGGAUAGAAGAGUCGGUGAUAGGUUUCGAUCAAAAGAUUUCUCCCGCGAAGGCGGAGAUCGUGAUGGUCUCCCCCGGUUCGACGCCAACAUCGCCGAAAUUCGUAACGGAUAAAGAGCGCGAGGCCAAAGUGGACGCGAGUGAAGAAAUUGCUACCUCAAUUGAAUUGCCGUCCGAAGUAAGAGCGAUCAUUGAUAAAGUUGAUCGCAUGGUAGAAGAGAUAAUCGAAGAGCUUGUAUCGAAGAAGAAGAGGAUUACGAUUGAGAUUGUAGAAUAUAUCACAAUCGUGAAACGUGUUCCAAAAGAGCGUGUGAUUUAUAUUAUCGAAGAGAUUAUCAUACGGAAAGGACUUUCGAAGGAGGAUGUUGUCGAUAACGUUGAUAUCUUGAGACUCGAAUCGAUUACUCCACGACUGCAAAUGGAACUCGAGGAAUAUAUCAUCGAUGAAUAUAUGAGGAAAGGAAAAUGUAUAACCAUUGAAAUCGUGGAGGAAAUUUCUGUGAGAAAAACCGUACCGAAAACGAUUAUCAUUCGUAUUAUUCAGGAAAUUAUCGUUCAAAAAUUAAUCGAUGUUCCUACUAAAGGUCUGUUUGAUUCGCAGGUAGAACAGAUUGUUCUUAAACAAAAGAAAGAAGAAGAAAAGGAAGAAAUAGAAAAAGUGGAAAAGAAAGAAAUCGAAAAGGAAAAAGAAAAAGAAAUUACAGAGGUCACAAAAGAACCAAAGGAAGUAUUAUCACCGGUCGAUAAAGUACCUGUCGCGAAACUAGAGAAGGAAAAAGAAGAGAAACUAUUCGAAGCGCCUGAAGCACUCAAAGCAGAACUCGACUUGAAAAAAAAGGAAGAGGUCGAAGAAGAAGAAGAGGAGGAGGAAGAAGAAGAAGUAGAAGAAGAUGGUUUUGUUAGUAUUGGUAAAAAAGUUUCGAAAGAAGAGAUACAAAUUAAAGAACAAAUAAUUCCAAAAGAAAAAGACAUUACCGAUGAUUUUGAGGCUGUUGAACAAGAGUAUAAAGUGCGUGAAGUAACGGUUACUUCGCUAGAAGAUACCUCACGGGUUAUUUCGCCAAAAUCGGAUGAAUUGAGGGAACGAGAAUACGCUGAAGAAGCUGUCGAAGACGUAAUAAGCGAAGUUAUUGAAGCCGACGAAAAAUUUGUUCAUGAGACGAAAGAGAAAAUAGAGAAAAAAGAAUUAGACAUCGAUAAGUUACAAUUUGCUAAAUUGGAUAAAGAAGAAAUGGAAAAGAAAGAACCUGAAGAAUUGACUAAGACGAUAGAAAUAGUAAAAGAAACGGAACCUCUCGAUACGACAGAAAAAUAUCUAGACGAAGCUAAAGAGAAAAAGGAAGAAAAAAUUAUUGACAAAAAAUUAAUCGAAGAAACACCGAAAGUGACUAUCCUUCAAGUUGAAAAAGAGGAAAAAAAACCUCAACAAGAAUUACAAAUAGAAGAGAAAAAAGAAGAAAAGAAACCCGGAGAGGAAGAAAAAGAAUUAAAGGUUGAGGAGAAGAAAGAAGAAAAGAAACCCGUAGAGGAAGAAAAAGAAUUAAAGGUUGAGGACAAAAAAGAAGAAAAGGAACCAGCAAAAGUAGAGAAAGACUUGAAGCUGGAGGAUAAGAAAGAAGAAAAGAAACCAAUAGUUGAAGAAAAAGAAUUAAAGGUUGAGGACAAAAAAGAAGAAAAGGAACCAGCAAAAGAAGAGAAAGACUUAAACAAAAGAAGAGAAAGACUUAAAAGUGGAAGAAAAGAAAGAAGAGAAGAAACCCGCAGAAGAAGAAAAGGAAUUAAAAGUGGAAGAAAAGAAAGAAGAAAAGGAAUCGGCAAAGGAAGAGAAAGAAUAAAGGUUGAGGAGAAGAAAGAAGAAAAGAAACCCGCAGAAGAAGAAAAGGAAUUAAAAGUGGAAGAAAAGAAAGAAGAAAAAGAAUCGGUAAAGGAAGAGAAAGAAAUAAAGGUUGAGGAAAAGAAAGAAGAAAUAAAAUUAGUAGAAUCGUUACCCGAGUUAAAAUCUACUGUCGAGGAAGAAAAACUUGAUAAAGACGAAGAAAUUAAAACUCCAGAAAAACUUGAUAAAGGCGAAGAAAUUAAAACUCCAGAGAUGGUAAAAGAAGAGAAACCAGAAGAUAAGAAGGAGAUAAUUAAGGAGAAAUCUCCAGAGAAAAUUGUUGAAACCGAAAUUGAAUCAAUUAAAGAUAUCACCGAUCGUAAACCAAGUAUCGACGAAUUAGCUAAAGUAGAAAAAAUAUCUCCGAAAUUGGAGAAAAUUGAAGAUGAAAAACAAAUUGUUCCAGAAGAUCUAUCCUUAGCUAAGGAACAGAAGAAACAAGAACAGGAACUAGAAGAAAUAAAGGAGAAGAAACCAAAAGUCGCAGAAGAUACUGGAUCUGUUCGGCGAAUGUUAGUCACAGCGAGUAGCGAAGACGGUGGACAGGAAACGGAAAUUUGUGCAGCUGGUACUAUCGCAUUUCAAAAAGCUAUUACACCCGAAGAUUCUCUUAAAGAUACAUCUAUCAAGACAACACCUGAUAAAGAUUCUUUACUUUUAGAUAAGGACUCUCUGCAUUCAGAAAUAAGCAGCCCAGAAAAGGACAGUAUUUCCGAAAAAUCAUUGUCAAAAGACAUUGGAAAAAUAACGCCCGAAGACAGUUUGGAUAAAUCUCCAAUCGAUACACGUGAUUCGCGCGAUCUCGAGGAUAGUUUGGAGAAAGGUAAACCGAAGGAGGCGGAUAGUAGCACUUCUCCAUCUAUUAUGGACACAGAAACUCCUAAAUCUCCAUUACAACAAAAACAAAUUGAGGAUGUGGCUAAAGUAGCAAAACCUGACAUUAUUGAAAAAGAAGAAUUGCGCGAAGAAAUUAUUGAAGAUCAUUUACAGAAGUCCAAGGAAGAAAGUGAUAAGAAGAUUCUUGAAAUAAGUGCAUUAAAAUCGUCCGAAUCGAUUCGAUCGGAGGACGUUUCACCGGCAGAAACUAUUUUUGCGAAAUCACCCACGGAAAAAUUAAAAGAACCGAGCAAAAUUCCAACCGAUACAAAAGAGGUAGAACCGGUGAAAUCAAUUUUAGAAACGGAAACCGUAACGAAGCGAAUUGAAGAAAUUAGCCAAGAGAUUCGUGAAAUUGAAGUGAAAAAAGAUGAAAAAGAAGAAGUAUGCGUGUCGCGUGAAAAGAGUGAAUCACCGAAAGAGGAAUCAAUUAUCGAAUCUGCCAGAAUAGAAGAAAAAGAAUUAAUCACAGAUCGCAAAUUAGAAAUGAAAGAAGAGAAACUGAAAGAUUUAGAGGCAGAAAUUGAAUCAAAAAUACUUGAGGAUAAAAUAUCCUCUGAUAUUAAACAGACUGAUAUUAUUGAUAAGGAUAAGCUUCCAACUGUAGAUAUUGAUAAAUCUAAAGUGGAAAUACAUACAUUAACAAAAUUAGAUACUACAACAAUUACAACUGAUAAAGAGCUAAGUACCUUUGAUGAAAAGAGCAAAGAACCAAUCGAUACAUUAAAAUCAACUUUCGUUACAGAUAUUACAUCAACUACAGAAAAACCAAAAUCUCCUAUUAUAACAGAAAAAAUUCAAGAACUUGAUAUCACGGAUAAAGAAAUAGUCUCUCCCAAAGAAGAAGAAAAGAAAAUGAAAGAGGAAGUAGAUAUAGAAAAACAUGUGAUUGAAAAAAUUGAGAAAGAAGAAAUUAAGCCCGAAAGUAUACCAAUAGAAACAAAGACAGUAAUCGAUGUAUCGAAACGAUCUAGUAUUUCAAGUGAAAUUCAUGUUGUAACAGAGGCUGAUACUAAAGUAAUCGAUAAAUCUAGAUCACCAAGUGAAAUAGAUGUUUCAAUAGGACCAAAGGAAACAGAAGAUAAAACAAGAUCGCCCAGCAUUGCUGGUGAUAUCGAAGAUUUGAAAGAAAUAGAGGCAACAAGUAUUGAUAAAUCUAGAACACCUAGUGUAACAAGUGUUACAGCAGAAUCAAAGGAGGUAUCCGACAAAUCAAAAUCGCCUAGUAUUGCUGGAGAUGAACCCGAUUUAAAAGAUAUCGAGACAAAAGAAAUUGAAAAAUCAAGAUCCCCCAGUGUAUCGAGUAUUCCUACAGAAGAAAAGAAAACGAUGGAUAAAUCAAAAACACCUAGUCCUGAAGAAGAACCAGAUUUAAAAGACAUUGAAAAAUCUAGAACACCCAGUGUAACCAGUGUUCCAGCAGGAGUCAAAGAAAUCACCGAAAAAUCACCUAGUGUUCCUGGCGAACAACCAGAAUUAAAGGAUGUUGAUACAAAAGAGGUUGAAAAAUCUAGAUCCCCUAGUGUAACAGCAGAAAUAAAAGACGUUGACAUGAAAGAAAUAGAAAAAUCCAGAUCUCCCAGCGUAACAAGCACUACGAUAGAAGUAAAAGAACCAUCAGAUAAAUCAAAGUCGCCCAGUAUUGCUGGUGAAAUUGUUGAUCUGAAAGAUGUUGAUAAAAAAGAAAUUGAAAAGUCAAGAUCUCCCAGCGUGAUAAGUGUCACAGCAGAAGAGAAAGAGACAUUAGAUAAAUCAAAGUCUCCCAGUAUUGCUGAUGAAAAACCAGAAUUAAAAGAUGUCGAGAUAAAAGAUAAAGAAAAAUCCAGAUCACCAAGUGUAACGAAUACAUCUAUCAAGACAACACCUGAUAAAGAUUCUUUACUUUUAGAUAAGGACUCUCUGCAUUCAGAAAUAAGCAGCCCAGAAAAGGACAGUAUUUCCGAAAAAUCAUUGUCAAAAGACAUUGGAAAAAUAACGCCCGAAGACAGUUUGGAUAAAUCUCCAAUCGAUACACGUGAUUCGCGCGAUCUCGAGGAUAGUUUGGAGAAAGGUAAACCGAAGGAGGCGGAUAGUAGCACUUCUCCAUCUAUUAUGGACACAGAAACUCCUAAAUCUCCAUUACAACAAAAACAAAUUGAGGAUGUGGCUAAAGUAGCAAAACCUGACAUUAUUGAAAAAGAAGAAUUGCGCGAAGAAAUUAUUGAAGAUCAUUUACAGAAGUCCAAGGAAGAAAGUGAUAAGAAGAUUCUUGAAAUAAGUGCAUUAAAAUCGUCCGAAUCGAUUCGAUCGGAGGACGUUUCACCGGCAGAAACUAUUUUUGCGAAAUCACCCACGGAAAAAUUAAAAGAACCGAGCAAAAUUCCAACCGAUACAAAAGAGGUAGAACCGGUGAAAUCAAUUUUAGAAACGGAAACCGUAACGAAGCGAAUUGAAGAAAUUAGCCAAGAGAUUCGUGAAAUUGAAGUGAAAAAAGAUGAAAAAGAAGAAGUAUGCGUGUCGCGUGAAAAGAGUGAAUCACCGAAAGAGGAAUCAAUUAUCGAAUCUGCCAGAAUAGAAGAAAAAGAAUUAAUCACAGAUCGCAAAUUAGAAAUGAAAGAAGAGAAACUGAAAGAUUUAGAGGCAGAAAUUGAAUCAAAAAUACUUGAGGAUAAAAUAUCCUCUGAUAUUAAACAGACUGAUAUUAUUGAUAAGGAUAAGCUUCCAACUGUAGAUAUUGAUAAAUCUAAAGUGGAAAUACAUACAUUAACAAAAUUAGAUACUACAACAAUUACAACUGAUAAAGAGCUAAGUACCUUUGAUGAAAAGAGCAAAGAACCAAUCGAUACAUUAAAAUCAACUUUCGUUACAGAUAUUACAUCAACUACAGAAAAACCAAAAUCUCCUAUUAUAACAGAAAAAAUUCAAGAACUUGAUAUCACGGAUAAAGAAAUAGUCUCUCCCAAAGAAGAAGAAAAGAAAAUGAAAGAGGAAGUAGAUAUAGAAAAACAUGUGAUUGAAAAAAUUGAGAAAGAAGAAAUUAAGCCCGAAAGUAUACCAAUAGAAACAAAGACAGUAAUCGAUGUAUCGAAACGAUCUAGUAUUUCAAGUGAAAUUCAUGUUGUAACAGAGGCUGAUACUAAAGUAAUCGAUAAAUCUAGAUCACCAAGUGAAAUAGAUGUUUCAAUAGGACCAAAGGAAACAGAAGAUAAAACAAGAUCGCCCAGCAUUGCUGGUGAUAUCGAAGAUUUGAAAGAAAUAGAGGCAACAAGUAUUGAUAAAUCUAGAACACCUAGUGUAACAAGUGUUACAGCAGAAUCAAAGGAGGUAUCCGACAAAUCAAAAUCGCCUAGUAUUGCUGGAGAUGAACCCGAUUUAAAAGAUAUCGAGACAAAAGAAAUUGAAAAAUCAAGAUCCCCCAGUGUAUCGAGUAUUCCUACAGAAGAAAAGAAAACGAUGGAUAAAUCAAAAACACCUAGUCCUGAAGAAGAACCAGAUUUAAAAGACAUUGAAAAAUCUAGAACACCCAGUGUAACCAGUGUUCCAGCAGGAGUCAAAGAAAUCACCGAAAAAUCACCUAGUGUUCCUGGCGAACAACCAGAAUUAAAGGAUGUUGAUACAAAAGAGGUUGAAAAAUCUAGAUCCCCUAGUGUAACAGCAGAAAUAAAAGACGUUGACAUGAAAGAAAUAGAAAAAUCCAGAUCUCCCAGCGUAACAAGCACUACGAUAGAAGUAAAAGAACCAUCAGAUAAAUCAAAGUCGCCCAGUAUUGCUGGUGAAAUUGUUGAUCUGAAAGAUGUUGAUAAAAAAAUUGAAAAGUCAAGAUCUCCCAGCGUGAUAAGUGUCACAGCAGAAGAGAAAGAGACAUUAGAUAAAUCAAAGUCUCCCAGUAUUGCUGAUGAAAAACCAGAAUUGAAAGAUGUCGAGAUAAAAGAGAUUGAAAAAUCCAGAUCACCAAGUGUAACAAGUGUCACAGCAGAAACAAAAGAGCCAUCUGAUAAAUCAAAGUCUCCCAGUGUUGCUGGUGAAGAACCAGAGUUAAAGGAUGUUGAUUCGAAAGAGAUAGAAAAGUCGAGGUCUCCUAGCGUAGCAAGUAUCACAACGGAAGUGAAAGAGCCAUCAGAAUCACAUAAAUCAAAGUCACCGAGUGUUGUUGGUGAAGAACCAGAAUUAAAGGAUGUUGAUACAAAAGAGAUUGAAAAAUCGAGGUCUCCCAGUGUAACUAGUGUCGCAGCAGAGGAAAAAGAGCCAUCAGAUAAAUCAAAGUCUCCCAGUGUUGCUGGUGAAAAGCCAGAAUUAAAGGAUGUUGAGAUAAAAGACGUAGAAAAAUCCAGAUCUCCAAGUGUAACGAGUGUUACUGCAGAAGUGAAAGAACUAUCGGACAAAUCAAAGUCACCCAGUGUAUCUAGUGAUAUUGUCGAAUUAAAAGAUGUCGAUACGAAGGAGAUUGAAAAGUCCAGAUCUCCAAGUUUAACAACAGAAAUCAAAGAAUCAAAAUCGGAAGAUGUUGCAAAGGAGAUUGAAAAAUCGAGAUCUCCUAGCGUAGCAAGUGUCACAACAGAAAUAAAGGAACCAUCAGAUAAAUCAAAGUCUCCCAGUGUAAUCAGUGUCACAGCAGAAGUCAAAGAAUCAUCGGAUAAAUCAAAGACACCCAGCGUUGCUGGCGAAGAACUUGAUUUUAAGGACACUGAUGUAAAACGUAUUGAAAAAUCUCCAAGCACGAUGAGUGUUGCAGGUGAAUCGAAAGAAUCAAUUGAUAAAUCAAAAUCGCCCAGUAUUGUUGACGAAGAACCAGAUUUAAAGGACGUUGAUAUAAAAGAUAUUGAAAAAUCUAGAUCUUCAAGCGUUACUACAGAACCGAAAGAGGCCUUCGAUAAAUCAAAGUCGCCCAGUAUUGCUGGUGAUGUUAUCGAUUUGAAAGAUGUCGAUACACAAGAUAUGGAAAAGUCUAGAUCUCCAAGCCUAACAAGCGAAAUAACGGAUCAGAAAGGGACAGAAAUUAAAUCAAAAUCUCCUAGUGUCGCAGGGGAAACUGUUGAUUUGAAAGAUGUCGAUAUAAAAGAUAUUGAGAAAUCUAGAUCUCCGAGCAUAACGGAAUCGAAACUGGCUGUGGAUAAAUCAAAAUCGCCUAGUGUUGUCGGUGAUGUUGCCGAUAUGAAAGAUGUUGACGUUAAAGAUAUCGAGAAGUCUAGAUCUCCUAGCGUGGCAAGUAUUAGCGCGGCAGAAACGAAGGAACCAUUAGAUAAAUCAAAAUCGCCUAGCAUAACCGGAGAUGUCCCUGAUUUGAAAGAUGUUGACACGAAAGAUAUCGAAAAAUCGAAAUCUCCUAGCGCGACAAGUGUUGCGGAAUCGAAAGAACCAUCAGAAAAAUCUAAAUCGCCUAGCAUUGCUGGUGAAGUGCCCGAGGAUAUUAUUACGAAAGAAAAAUCUAAAUCUCCCAGUAUAUCACCUAGCGCUCUCACAGAGACGAAAGAUAUAUCGAAAUCACCAAGUGUUGUCAGCGAUACCGAUUUGAAAGAUAUCGAAGCAAAGACUAUAGAAAAAUCUAGGUCUCCUAGUGUAGCCAGCGUUAUUGCGGAACAGAAGGAAGUAGUGGAUAAGAGACCUAGUAUUGCUGGCGAUUUACCCGAUUUAAAAGACGUUACUGCAAAAGAUACUGAAAAAUCAAGAUCUCCAAGUGUAACUGGUAUCACGACGGAACCGAAAGAUAAGUCCAAAUCGCCUAGCAUCGCUGGUGAUGAUACAUCAGAUCUGAAAGAUGUUGGUGGAAAAGAUAUCGAUAAAUCUAGAUCUCCCAGUGUAACAAGCAUUGUUACGGAAACAAAGGAUAAAUCGAAAUCUCCCAGUAUCGCGAGUGACAUCGCGGACACAAAAGAUAUUGAUGUAAUAAAGGAUACCGAGAAAUCCAAGUCCCCGAGUGCGACGAGUUCACCGACGGAGAUUAAAGACGCAUCGGUUAAAUCGAAAUCGCCAGAUAUCGCUGAACACGAUGAUGUUGAUUCAACUUCUGCGGAUUUAAAGAGAUCGAUGGAUAUAUCGCCCACCUCUUCUUUGGAUUCACAAGUUGGUGACAGAAGAAAACGUUCGAUCGUGUCGGACGUUUCCGAUAAAAAGGAAAUUUCGAAGUUCACCGGUGACGAGAUGAAAGAUAAAUCUGUUUUAUCGGCUAUCGAUAAAACGGACAAGAGUCAAAUACGCGACACAAUCGAAAAACCCAAGGAAGAGUUGUCCGUUUCUCGUAAAUCAAUAUCACCGGAAUUGGGAAGAGCGGAUGAUAAAGUCGAUGAUAAAGAUGGAAUAUUGACCGAUGAUACGACGAAAAUGACGGUCGAUAAAGAAGAGAAUAUCACGAAAUAUAUUUUAGAAGAAUAUAUAAACAAGGGAAGAAAAAUUACAACGUUUGUAAUAGAAGAGAUAAUUAAGACUUAUUCCGUUUCAGAGUUUAUAGUGAUGAACAUCAUCGAAACGAUUAUUAUGACGAGAAAGAUACGCAGAGGUUCAAUUUUAGAAAUUACCGAACAACAUAAAGUGGAAAGAUCGGAAGAUGAGGCGAAACUGGCCCAGAAAGACACGACGAAAGAUACGAGCGAAGGGUCCAUAAGUUCCAGCUUGAGUUCAGAACUGAUCGCCUCUGACAAAUCCACCCAAGACAGUCCUGUACGUUCCGACCCCCAUAUCGACGAGGAGAUAUCGAUCUCGGAAGAAAAGAGGAUCGAGAUGGAGAAAUUUUUGGAGGAAGAUUACAUCAAACAGGGAAGGAAGAUCACCGAGGAUAUAUUAGAGGAGAUCACCGUAAGGACAUCGUUGCCCCGAUACAUCAUUUUAGAAAUAAUCGAGGAGAUAAUUUUGAAGAAAAAACUUGCCCGAGAAUCCAUAAUCGACGUGGAGAUCGACUAUCAGGAGGACGAGGAGGGGGAAGACAGUUACACUAAAGAUGGCUUCCGUUACGAGAAAUCUCCCUCGCCUCGAUACGACGAAAGAAAAUUGUCUUACGAUUACAAGACGUCCGAGUAUCCGAGAUCGCAAGAGGGCCAAAUGGACGCGUCGAUCUCGGAUUAUUCGGUCGGCUACGAGAGUCAAUUUCACAAAGCAUUCGUCGGCGGGGUGACGGAGAUACGCACCACUCACAUCACGACACUCUCGGGAAAAUCAACACCCGACAUGACCCGGGACGAGACUCCCGACUCGAUCUCGGAACCCACAGCUUCCACGGUGGAAAAAUUAGAAGACAAAUCCGGCGUUGUUAAACCAUCCGACGUUUCCAAGACGUUCACCGCUGCUCCCGUUACUUCUUCGACGAUGAUCCAAAGAACAAGCACAUCCGUUGUGGAAACGGAAACGAAGCCUGGUCAAAUGAUAUUGAAAGAGAGCAAGAUCGGCGAGCCGAUCAAGAGAGUGAUCGAAACGGAUGCGACGGAUGAGGAAGGAUCGACGGAGGCAGAAAUUUCACCGGAUGGUAAGGUUAUCGUGGUGAAGAGAAUCGUGAAACGAGAAGUGUGCGAGGACGAGCCCUGCGAGACGAUUCGAAUACUGAAGGAAAGCAAGAUCGGCGAGUCGAUUAAGAAAAUAAUAACCGAGGAAUCGGAUGUAUCGAGGAUACUCGAGGAAGGCGCGACGGACGAGGAGAAAUUAGCCGAAGAGAUUUCACCGGACGGCAAAGUGAUCAUAGUGAAGAAGAUCGUGAAACGAGAGAUCGUGGACGAGACCGACGAUUCGAAAGCGACUAGGGAAACGACGAGCGAGGAAACGAUCCCGGAAACUGUCGAGACGGUGAGAAAGGAGACGAAGCAAAUCGUGAUCACGGGCGACGUGUUGCCGGACGGUAAAGUAAGUUUGUCGGAUGCCGAAAAAUUGUUGACCGGCCACAAAUUGUCGGACGUUGUAACGAGCACUCGUUCAGACGUGAAGGUGACGACGACAACGAUCACGAAGGUGGACGGCGAUGGCGUCUCGAGGGAAGACAUCGAAAAAUUAGCGAGCGAGACGAUGAAACGAACCGACGCUUCAAGCACCGACGAAAGAACUACGAUCAAGGAGACUGUGAUCAGAAGCGUGGAAGACACCGCGAGGAGGCAAGGCGAGGAAGAGAAACGGGCGGCCGAGGAGGGGGGGAAGAGGUCCGAGACGGUGUCGUCCCCUCACGUCGCAUCCGAAAUCGUCCAAUCGCAUCACGUCUCCGGAAGAUCCACGCCCAUCGACAGAAGAUCCGAGGGCAGGUCGUUGACGGGAACCCCGGAGGGGUUCAGAUCGGGCGAGGUGAUCAGAACGAUCAUCACCACGACGAAGACUGUGUCGGACGACGGCGAGAUCGUGACCACGACUCGAGAAGUGACGGAAACGACGAACGAGAAGGGAGAGACGGUGAUCUUGGCCGAGAAGGUGGACGUGAAAGUGGACGAGUACGUGCCCAGUGGCAAAGACACCUCGGUCGACAGCCCCCUCCAUCGAUCCUUGCUGCAGGAGAAGGCGGGCGGAACGACGGGCAGCGGCGAGUCGCCUACCUCGUCUCGAGAUCAUUCCACCUCGACAGAGCAGCGACAGAGCGACUAUGCGUUCAAACGAUUCCUAGUCGAGAAAGAGUACGCCGGCGAUUACAAGGAGAAACCGGACGCGAAGAGAUACAUCGACGAGGCGGGACUCGAUUUCGAGAAAACCAUGGGAAUGGAGAGGAAGGAAUCCGCUAUCUCGUCGAGAUACACGAACGGCAGCGUCCGUCAAGAAGCGUCGGACGCAAGCGACAAAGAAGACGAUUCGAGAACGGAAUCGAAGAAGAAGGACCCGUUGGACGGUUGGGGAACUCCUCUGGGCCUUCCGUCCCCUGUCCCGCCUCGUAAGUUCAAUCUGAAAAACGCGACUCAAUCGACGAACACGGGCGAACGUGCCGAAAACGGAGGGACGGAGAUAAACUUCGACGCGAUACACGACUGGGGUGAGCCGUUGAGGCUGCCCUCACCCGCCCCCGUGACCAAUGAAAUCUCCAACAAGGGUGCGCCGGGGACGCCGAAGAAGGAGAAGAAGCAAGCGAAAAGGGUGUUGUCCGAGAAUAUAAAGAACAAGAAACGUUCGGAGAGCCCGGGCAAGAACGAGAAAAAGAUGAAGGAUUCGAAGAACAAGGUGCAGCCGGUUUACGUGGAUUUGACUUACGUACCUCAUCACGGGAACUCGUAUUACACGUCGUUGGAAUUUUUCAAAAGAGUACGCGCGAGGUAUUACGUGUUCAGCGGUACCGAGCCGAGCCGCGAGGUUUACGACGCGUUAUUGGAGGCUAAGAGGUCUUGGGAGGACAAAGAUCUUGAGGUGACUAUGAUACCGACUUACGACACCGACACUUUGGGCUAUUGGGUGGCUGACAACGAAGAAGCCCUCGCUGCGAAUCACAUUGACCUUUCGCCUUCGGCAUCCCGAUGUACGAUUAAUCUGCAGGACCACGAGACUAGUUGCAGUGCCUAUAGACUUGAAUUCUAGGGAUUGGCAGCCUGCUCAGCCGUAAUAGUUGAGUUCUGAGCGGUGUUCAGAGAGUGUAUUUUAUCGCUUCGUUUCUGGACUUGCCGUUUCGCGAAUUCCUUACCGUGCCUAUUAGCGGUUCAUGAAACUUUAGAAAACUUAAGGAGAGGCUACAUCGAACGACAUUGACGUGGUCGUUGUUUUACGAUCCGAAUUUCGUGCCUAAUCAUCCCAUACAAAUCGAUAUGCAGUUGUUCCUUGUUUUUAAUGCACAGGUUAAAAAUUGGAUCUACGAGAGCUACGUUAACACGAGACUAUCACAUUAUUAUUAUUAUUAUUAUUAUUAUUAUUAUUAUUAUUAUUAUUAUUAUUAUUAUUAUAUCGAUAAAUUAUGACAACAUCUGU